AUGAAUGAAACAACUUUACCUCCUUCACCAAACUGGUAUUUAAGCAAUAUUCUUGCUUGUUCUUUUAAUGGUACUGUAGCAUGGGGUGCUAGAGAUAUGAUUGUUGUUGCUAAAUCUGAAGGAAAUGGAAAAGCAUUACAGUAUUCAAUCAUUAAACAUAGCCAUAAAUCUAAAGUGACUUGCCUUGCAUUUACUCCAGAAUUUGAAGAAAUUAAUUUAUUAGCUUCUGCAGGGAAUGAUAAUGCAAUUAAAAUAUGGAAUUUGGAAACAUUAACCAUAGCUUAUACUCAUCUCUUGGAAGCUGAUAAACAAGUGAUAAGUGUAGAUUGGUCGCAUAAAGAUGCUUAUGUCAUAUAUGCAGCAAUUUCAAAUGGUUGUGUAUUAUCAUGGAAUGCUCAUUUUGAUAUUGUUUCUUCAAUUUCAUUAGGGAAAAUGACACCUACUUGUAUUUCUUCUUGUCCUCAUGAUCCACAUCUUGUGGCUGUAGGUUCCAAGAGUGGCUUGGUUUAUAUUAUAAAUUUUCAAUUUAAAGGACAAGUAGUUUACAAACUUAGAGGACAUGAUACUGAAAUAGUUAGUCUAUCAUGGUGUCCAUCAAAAAUUAAUGUUCUAAGUGGAAAUUUAAAAGAAGAUUUACUUUUAGCUUCAGGAGGAAAAGAUAGGUCAGUUUUUAUUUGGAAAACUGGUGGAGAUGGACGUUAUGAAAUGACAAUUUCAUUACCUGGAGGGCCUCUUGAUUCUCAUCAACAUAGAAGCAAAUUAAAUCCAUCUGUAGGUAAUUGGGUUGUAGUUCAUUGGAUAGAGCCUAAACUGUUGCUUACAAGUUCACAAUGGGGUGAAUUAAUUUCUUGGAAUUUAUCAACAAUGAUAAAAGGCAAACCUACUGUCAAGUUAAUACAUGCAAAUCAUAAUAGAGGAUUAUUUUGUAUUGCAAGUGUACCAAAUAUUGAAAAAACGUCAGAAGAAGAUUGGAGAUUGAAACAAAGACAUACUAUUUGGACUUUGGCACAAGAUCGUAAAAUUAUUUGCUGUGGAAUAAAAGAAAAUAAUGUUGAAAUCGAUUACGACAUUUUUACACAAAGUGGUUAUGUUUAUUGUAUUUCUGCUUGUCCAUUAGAUACUUCACAAGUUGCAUUUGGAGUUGGAGAUGCAAUGUUGCGUUUAUGGAAUUUAUCAGAACCACAUUGUACUUCUUUUGAUAUAACUGUUUUGUGGCAAAAGAUUAAAGGAAAGAUUCGUGCGAUAUCAUGGCAUCCCGAAAAAGAAAAUUUGUUAGCAUAUGCAACUGAAGAAGGUAGAGUUGGUGUAUUUAAUACAAAUGGUAAUAAACCACCCACUUUAUAUAGACAAUAUCAUAGAAAUACAGUAUAUACUAUUGGUUGGGGACCAAAUCCAGAUAACAAACAUGUUGUAUACUCUUGUGGAGAAGAGGAGCUUGUAUAUUAUGAUUCAGUAGAAUCAAGUGAGUAUAUAUCAAUAUUACCUAACACUGUAUGCAAAAGUGGAUGUACAGAAUUUUCCUGGAAACCAGAUUUUUCAUGUUUGGCAGUAGGAUGUGAAAAUGGUAUAGUUCUAUUUCUUAAUCGAAAAUUGCAACCAUUGGGAUCUGCAAGGUUAGCUUCAAACAUGGUACACUGCUUGGUAUGGCAUCCUGAGAGCACAGCAACAGAUUUGACAUUCUCUCCAUUCAAAGAUUAUUUAGCUGUUGCUACAAAAUCACCUACUGUAGUGAUUUACGAUUUACAUUCUUUUAUAUCUACAUUAAACGAUUCGAUUGACGAAAACAGUUUGAAGACAGGAUACGAUAAUUCUAUAGGUCAUACAAUUGUAGCAACUCUAACUGGACAUGUUCACAGUGUUGUUUGUUUAGCAUGGAGUCCAUAUAUUAGUGGACAUUUAAUAUCCGGUAGCUAUGAUGGAACUGCACAGGUGUGGAAUAUAGAAACACAAGAAUUAAUCGUUACUUAUAAAGGACACAGUGGUCCGGUACAGUCAGGAACAACAUCAAAGGAAAUGAAAAAGAAAACAUCUGAGCGAACAUCAUAUUUUGCGAAAAGCAAUAAUGCAGCAAAUGAAAAAGUACCUUUACUUAACUCGCUUUUAAAUAUCAUAAAAAGUAUGAAAAGCGAAAAUGUUAGUAGUGACGAAAGUCAGAAUACGUCGUAUCAUAUGAUACCAAUAUUAUUUUCAACACAAGACAGUUUUAUGUCAUUUUUAUCGAAUGAAAAAUGCUAUCAUAAUGAAAAAAGUAAAUAUGAUGUGAUCACAGAGAUAGAUCUAUGGUGUGAUAAUUUUAAACAAAACUUAGAGGAAGCUGCUAAAAAGAAACGCCUUAAUGACUUCCUUGUUUCACUUUCAGCUAGUCUUUCUAUGAAAACAUGGAAAGAUAUGUGUGAACUGUAUGCACAUCAAUUAAUAAUUGAAGGCAAUCCUUAUAAAGCAGUGUCAUAUUUACUAUGUAUACAUAAAACCUAUAAAGCUAUAGAAGUAUUUCAAGAUGCGAAUUUAUAUAAGGAAGCGUAUGUUCUUGCAAGGUGCAAACUCGAAUCAGAUGACCCAGUUCUGACAAAUGUACUAAGGCAUUGGGCAAAAUAUACUGUAAAUACAGGCAAUUUUGAAGAAGCAGCAUAUAUUUAUGCUAAAUUAGGAGAAUUUUCUGAUACAAUAAAAUAUCUUGCACGUCGUAAAGAUGUUAGUACGUUAAUGACGGCAGCUGAAAUUGCUCUUUUAUGCAAUAAUGAUACUCUGGGAAAAUCUUUAGCUGAGCAAACAAUAGUUACAGCUUUGACAAAUUCAGAAUACAAUUUAGUCCGAACUAUAAUAAUUAAAUUUCCAUUUCUCAAGUACCAAGAAAUACAUUUAUUAACUCUGGAAGAAUUCGAAAAAAUAAUUAAGAAAAAUGUAAAUGUUGAUAUGAUACAAACAUGGGUGAAUGGGAAAUCAAACUAUGGCUUAUUGCAAGCUUUGGAAACAAUAUGCGGGGAUUGUAGUCCUCAUUACACUGACUUAUGUCAAAGUAACUUCUGUAAUACUUUAGAAAACAAGAAAAUGUUAUGCUUGAGCAUCUCUCAUGAAUUUGCACUAGCUACAGCUUCUAGUGAAAAAGAACAGAAAUUAAAACAUAUUGUUAAUGCACUACACACAAUUACUCAGUUUGAAACAUUACACCCAGAAGAAUUUCAAAAUGGGAGCAGUCUUUUGUACAAAAUUAUUAUACAGUUAGAUUCUAAAAAUUUAACAAAUGAAAGAAGCAUUUUUGCAAAAACUGACUAUCCUGUAUCAACUAGUUUAAGAGCUUAUUUAUGUUAUGCCCUUCUAAAGUGGCUCGUAUGCAAUUUAGACGAAGAACCCGUUAGUAAUGAUAUACAAACUUACAUCAGUUUAAUGGAACAUUUACUGGAAGAUGCAUUAAACAAACGAACAGUGAAAUACUGGUCAAUAACGUAUGAAAUUAACAAACUUGGAAAUCAAAUAGCAUCUGUUACAAACAAAACACAAGAAGAAGAUAAAAAUGAUCAACAUAUAGAAUCUCUUAUGAAAGAAUUGAAUGCUUUAAACAGUGAAAAGAAACAAUUGCUCAAUGAAUUAGUUUAUGUUCCAAAUCCUCUUAUGGUUUAUAGCAAAGCAAACGAAUUAAGCUGCAAAUUAUUGGAUAUAACUAUUCAAACUAAGUUAUCAAAAAUUAUUUCCACGACAUGGACAAAUGCUACGACAUAA